AUGAUCUUGGCUGCACUUCUCUCGUCACUCAGUUCAGUCGGCUACAACGAUGGUUCUAUUAGGAUUUGGGAGGAGGACUCCCUCAUAGUCACCCUCAAUGGCCAUUCGUCUGCUGUCACAGCCUUAGAGUGGGAUGCCGACGCUUUAAAACUCUUCUCCGCCUCGAAAGACACCAACAUCAUCAUUUGGGACACCUUAUCACACCAAGGUCUGGCCAGAUUGAAAGGUCAUAGAGAUGUCGUAAACAGCCUUCACUUCCUUCCUACAAACCAUCUCGUCUCCUCUUCAAAUGAUUCAUUCAUCAAACUCUGGGAUUUAAACACUCAUUUAUGCAUUCAGACUUUGAUCGGACAUAGAACUGCUAUCCAAUCAACUACAAUCAAGGAUGAUAUUCUCGCAUCAGGCUCCUCUGAUGGUGAAAUUAGACUCUGGUCAAUCGACUAUGAAGCACUCAAAAACGGUUUGUCUACGGAUGAGAACAAUAACAUAAUCACCUUCAUAAACUACCUCACUAAUCUCUCCACCCACACCAUCAAUAGAAAACGUAUCACGCAACUUUCAUUCCAUGAUUCCCUCCCACUCUUAGCAAUCCUCUCCUCAGACAAAUCAAUAGAAUUUCUCAGGUUACGUACUGCUGAGGAAAUCAAAGCCAAACUUGCUAGACGUAAGCGUCGUAACAAGGAUAAAGGUAAACCAGUCAACGAGAAUGCAUCUGAAGAGGUCACAAUCAAUGAUAGACUAACACCACAUUUGGUCCUCCACUCAAACUCCAAAGUAAAAUCAUUUUCUUUCCCUCCAUUACCUUCCUCAUUCGAUCACAAAGCUCCAGCUCAAGUUUUGCUAGCCUUGGCCAACAAUGCUGCGGAAGUGCAUGCUAUACCUCAACCAACGAAGAAGUCUGUCGAAGAUUCCCAGCCGGAAGCUGUACGUCUCCACUCGUUGGACCUUCCAGGACAUAGAGCCGACAUCCGUGCGUUGGCUUUAUCGUCAGACGAUCAAUUACUCGCGAGUGCCUCAAAUGGUCAGCUCAAGAUCUGGAAUAUGAAAACUCAAGCUUGUCUAAGAACUAUUGAAUGUGGUUAUGCGAUCUGUAUUGCUUUCUUACCAGGUAACAAAACUAUCGUUGUUGGCACGAAAUCAGGUAAUCUUGAAUUAUACGAUCUCAUAUCAUCCACUCAAAUCGCUGAUGUUGAUGCACAUGAUAAUACCAUCUAUGGUAUAGAUAUCAGCCCAUCAAAGAAGUCAUUUGUGACUGCGUCUGGUGAUAAAGAUGUCAAAUUCUGGGAUAUCGUUCAAGUUGAACGUGACUCAGAUACAGUAGUAGAUACGAAGGUAACUUCUGUUGGCAUUGUCCAUACUCGCACUCUUAAAAUGACAGACGAAGUGUUGGCAGUCAAAUUUUCUCCAGAUAGUCGUCUCAUCGCUGUAUCCUUGUUAGAUUCUACGGUGAAAGUGUUCUUCAAUGAUUCACUUAAGUUUUACCUCUCCCUCUAUGGUCACAAACUUCCAGUAUUGUCUAUGGAUAUUUCCUAUGAUUCUAAGCUUAUUAUUACCAGUUCAGCUGAUAAGAACAUCAAAAUCUGGGGAUUGGACUUCGGUGACUGUAAUAAAUCACUCUUUGGACACGACGGGAGCGUAAUGCAAGUGAAAUUUGAGAAGGACUCACACAAGUUCUGGUCAUCUAGUAAAGAUGCGACAAUAACAUACUGGGAUGGUGACAAAUUCGAACAAAUUCAAAAACUCCACGGUCAUCAAGGUGAAAUUUGGGCCUUAGUUACAUCAAACGAUGGUCAGUUCCUUGUCACGGGAUCACACGACAAAUCGAUUAGAGUUUGGGAGAAACUUGACGAGCCUCUCUUCCUCGAAGAGGAGCGCGAGAAGGCGCUCGAGGAACUGUACGAGGCAGAUCUGAAUGAAGCUCAAAAUGACCAGGAUGACGAAAAGGAGGCCGAGGAUGUUCACAAAGCCACUUCAGCGACUUUAAUGGCUGGUGAGAAGAUCAUCGAAGCAUUAGAGCUUGCUGAUGAAGACGUAAACGCAUUGAAGGAUUAUGAGGCUCUUUCCGAUAUCGACAAGGCUAAGGUUGGUGCGCCACCUUCACGCCAUGCCCAAUUCAUCGCUGUUGGAAACCCAACGGCUGAUGAGUACGUACUCAAGUUUGUCCUUGAGAAGAUUAGCCCUGCUGAAUUACAUGAUGCCUUGCUUGUCCUUCCAUUCUCCCACGUUGUGUCCCUCUUGAGUUAUUUGGAAAUUUGGUCAGAAAAGGGUUGGAAUAUUGCCUUAGUUGCCCGUGUUUUGUUCUUCCUUCUCAAAACACAUCACCACCAAAUUGUAGCGAACAGGGUAAUGAGGAACACGAUGAUUGGAUUACGUGAGAAGCUGAGAACACGCCUCAGUGAGCAAAAAUCUCUUGUCGGAUACAAUCUCGCAGCACUCAAGGUGAUUAGGAGAGCGCAUGAUGCCGACACGAUAGCCAAAUACCUCGAGGAGGAAGAUAUGGAUGAGGAGAGAGCUAACCAACGCCUUAAGGCUGAUGAAGAAGCUCUCAUGAACGCUGGUAAGAAGAGAAAGAGAAUUAUUAUAUAG